AUGGGGGCUCAGCAAUGUCGUGGAUGCCACUGCGACUGCGAGCGCCAAUGCUCCCGCUUGAUCUCCUUCUCGAUGUCUGCGGCCUCACUUUUUGCGAGUUUUUGGCUGAGCUUCCCCUACACUUGGGCCAAUCCCUUCGCGCAGGGUCAAGCCAUCACUUGUCACGAGGUCGGCUGGGCAGCUGCCUUUCCCUCCGUCUUCGGAUGUGUCGCUGUGGGUUGGCUCUGCUGCUUCUGCAUCGCUCGAGAAUGGGUGGUGUUCCCCAUGAUUUCCAUGUCCUUUCUCGCCGUGCUUGCUCUGGCGGUGGUGUCCAUCUGCCUGCUGAUCUACGUGGCUGCGGGAAGCUGUGACCGAGAUGUCGAAAGAUCCUACGUCAUGUCGACUUGCUUGAUGCUGCUCUGCCCUUUCGCUCUUUUCUGCUGCUGCACUUGCAACUCCUGCCUGAGUUCGUGGCGCGAGGGUGCGGAGGACCGGCGGCGGACUCGAGAGGCACAAGCAGAGGCGGCGCAGCGCGAGGCACGGGCAAAGCGACCUCGAGUGCGACGGGCGCAGCGCAUCCUGAGAGAAGCCUUGAUUUAUGGAGAUGAAACAAUAGCAGACCUCCUCCUGGACUUCCGAGAACGGCGGUGUCGUGCUCUGUGGCGCAUGUACCGCUGCGUCUUCCUGAGCCUCAUGCACUGCCAGUGCCGGUGCUCCUGCUGUGCAGGAGUGCCCGAAGAUGCUGAAAUGUCUCCGGCGUCGCUCUCGCCCUCGGAACGAGGCCAUGGCACGCCGGCCUCACGGGCCUCAGCCAGCAGAGCAUCCCUUUUCUUCAGUUACGAUGACGAGGAUGCGGGCGAGAUGCCCAUCCAUUACCUGGCACGCGGGGAGCACCGCGUGGGCGAAGGCCGUGCCGCCGUAGCCGCGGCAGAGGCCGCCCAGCGCUGCCUGGUCUGGACGCAGCGGGAUCAGCGGCUUUGGAAGCUGCCGGAGCUCACCGACGAGCGGCGCGCGUGGCUUUUGCGCGAGCUUGCGACGAGCGGCCGGCUACCGCUGACGCAGCUUCAGGUCGUGAAUGCAGCCGCGCAGACGCCGUUGCACUGCGCGGCUGCUUCCGGGUCCUACGCCAUGGCCCAGGAGCUGCUGUCGCUAUUGGGCCACGAGGUGGAAGCGAUAGGAGCUUCUGUCUACACAGAAGAGGGCCAAGCUGGAAGUCUCCUCGCUGCGGAGGAUGCCCAUGGUGAUUCGCCCUGCGAGGUGGCCCUCAGGAACGGCCACGUGGUCUGCGCCAGGCUGCUGGCGGGCGACUUCGGCCAGUGGCAGGGGCUCUUGAAGCUGCCACAGCAGCGGCAAGCUCUCCGAGAAUGCUUAUCUGGUGCACUGGGACGAUUGAACCCAGAUGGGUCAUUGGGCGACGUGGCGAUUGCUCGGCACGUCGUGCAUGAAGAGACGCAGUUGCUCUCGGCUCUGGAGCAGCAGAUUCGUCAGCUCCAGGACUUGUGCGGCUUGGUGGUUGCUAGCAGCAGAUCACCACAGCUGCUACCUCGAGAUGCAGCCGAAGCCAUGUUGCAAAAGCACAUGUUCGACGUCCAGGCAGCGGCGGCUGCGUUUCGGAUCUCUCCGCGAGAGGCCUUAGAUGCCGCAGGGCUGAGAAGUGUCGACUUCCAUCCUGCGGAUCUUCAAGAGCACAGUGGGACGAGGACGCAGGCUGCGCUUGAAAGCGACCGAGCGGCUCCGUCCGUGUGCAUCGUGUGCUUCGAUGAAGUGGAUGUAACGAAGUCAGCCUGCCGAACGCUGCUCUGCAAGCAUCGGACUUGCGACGAUUGCCUGGCAAUGCACGUGAAGGUUCGAUUGGACGAGGGCGAUGUGACAGGCGUCGUCUGCCCUGAGCCGAACUGCCGCGUGCCGAUUUCAGAAGAGAUCCUGCGCUUACUUUUCGGAUCCGGCAGUCAAGAGCAGACGCGGCUGGAGCAGCUCAAGACACUAAAGUUUGUCGACAUGAACAAGAACAUGGCCUGGUGCCCAGCUCCUGGCUGUGGACGGGCCGUGUCUGUGCCGCGCCAGGAGAGUCAGAACGGCAAGUCCCUGUCUAUAACUGCGGUUUGCUCUUGCGGCGCCCAGUUCUGCUUCAACUGCAAGGCUUUAGGUGGCCAUGAGCCUGUUCCGUGUCAGCCAUGGCAAGAUUUCCUGGGAGAUCUGGCGAAAGUCCGGAAGCAGAUGGAGGACGAAACGAACAAGUGGUUGAGCCAAAACUCCAAAACAUGCACCUGCGGAGCUAGCAUCCAGAGAAAUGGUGGCUGCAACCACAUGCACCGAGACUGCAUCACGAGCAUACCAGCUGCAUGA